AUGGAUUCAGAUAUAAUUAAAUUCAAAAAUAAUAGAAAAUUUUUGAAAACUUUAAUUAAGGCAAAUAAAGAUAUCAUCGUACCUCGAAUUGAUAUAUUUGGAAUGAAGGAUUACGAUAAGAAUUCAUGGAGGGGAGAAAGAACAAAACCAAAUCAAAAUCAGCUUAAAAUGAUGGAUAAUAAUGAUUGGGAGAAUGUUGACUACAUACCCAAGGAUAAAGAAGGUAAAAUAUAUCAUUAUGAAAAUUACCUAAAAAAUGAAAAUAACGAAUAUGAAAUUAAUAAGAAUAAUUUAAAUUAUGUCGUUCCUUUAGAUUCUGUCGGUGGUGCUGUGCUACUUGUGAAGUCUAUAAUAUUCAAACAGGGAAUUAUGUUUCCUACUAGUUAUAUUGUUGGAACUACAUGGGAUAGAAUUGAAGGUUAUGAUGGGAUUGAAACUGAAGGAAUAUGUUAUAUGGCUAAAUCUUUGGGUUAUUCUUGUUGGGGUAUGCCUAAUUUAUACGCAUUGCAUGCUGGAACUUAA